CUACUUAAAAUUGUGGUUAACGGCCCAAAUACUCUUAGUUGGGCUUGGUCUGUACAAUUUUUUUCGUACGAAAAAGGGCCGAGGUUUCGAAAAGUCAGCGGCGGGAGCGGAUUACAUUACAGUACACCGUCGUGUUUGGCAACCACAGAGGGCAGGAAGAAGUGUGCCAAGAUCGAGUCUCCAAUUAUUUUCUACUUCUCCUCCGACGAAAGCUUCUCCGGUGGAUUCUAGUCUCUGAUCAUCUUCGGCAUCGAUUUCCGGCCAGGUUCUUCUCUCUUUCUCUCUUGUGUGCGUUUUCCUUUCCAUUUCUGAAGUAUGAUCGUCGCCGGAGAUGGACUCCUCGAGUUACGAUUGAGUACAUCGAUUUUCAAUUUUAUCUGGAUUAGUUCUUGUGAGCCAAACUUUAUCUAUAACCAAAACCGUUACGAGAGGUCCUUCUUUUAGUUUCUAGUUGACUGAUCAAGAAUUCUAAUUCGGUAAAUCGGAGAACAAUUACCAAUCCCAUCUGAGUUUCGUGGACGAGCCUCCUUUAUUAUUUGUGCACAGGAGCUCGUUCUCAGUCUGUUCUUUCUUCUUCCGUUAUCUGAUCAAGAAUAUGAAUCUGAUUUGAACGAUCAGCCAUUCCAGAGUUGCAAGAUGAUACAAGAUUUUGCUUCCUGAAUCUAUUUAUUUAGAAUGAUUGAGUGAUUGAUCAGUAGUAGCAAUAUGACUUCCUCCAAGUAUGGGUUUAAUCAAUGCUUGUUGAAGUGCUCUCUUACCUGGUCUAUUUCAUUAUGUAGCUUGAGGUAGGUUGGAAUCAGGACACAUCUUCUAUCCCGACUGUCUUGGUACGGUAGCAAUGGAAGGUGAUGUAGUGAAGGCUGAAUCACCUAGAAGAGUAUGGGUACCAGAAACAAAGAUCGAGUCGAAAAUGCUUGAUGCCAUGAAGCAGAGAGGAGCUGCGGGAUGUUCCUUGAGAUCAUUCAACAGCAUACUCUUGAAGUUCCCCAAGAUUGACAAUAGCUUAAAGAAAUGCAAAGCCAUCUUUGAGCAAUUCGAUUUGGACUCCAAUGGCACCAUUGAUCAUGAAGAGCUGAGAAAGUGCUUCAACAAGCUGGAAAUCUCUUUCACUGAAGAGGAGAUCAAUGAUCUCUUUGCGGCCUGCGAUAUUAAUGACGACUAUGGAAUGAACUUCCAUGAGUUCAUAGUACUUCUGUGCCUGGUGUAUCUUCUCAAGGCUGCUGCUGUUGCUGCUGAUCCUAACAAACCGAAGAUGGGGAUGCCAAACUUGGAGGGUGCCUUCGAAACAUUGGUCGAUGCAUUUGUGUUCUUCGACAAGAACAUGGAUGGCUACGUGAGCAAGAAUGAGCUGAUACAAGCUAUACAGGACUCUGGGGAACGUGCUGCUGGACGAAUAGCCUUGAAGAGAUUUGAGGAGAUGGACUGGGAUAAAAAUGGGAUGGUGAACAUCAAGGAGUUUCUGUUUGCUUUUACUAAGUGGGUUGGCAUUGAUGAUGAUGACGAUGACGACGAAGAUGAUGAUAAUGCUAAGGAUGAUGAAUGAAGGACAGAGAUGCAAAGAAUGCCUCUCUGCCUCCAUGGUUCAGAAGAGCUACUUGCUGCUAUCGAUUACAUGUAGCCGUGCAGUAAUAAUAUAGUGAUUGAGCUUGU